CACGUGACAAAAGGGGCGAGGCGGAGCUUCUCCGUUCAUAUCCCGACGUCCCUCGCGUUUCCUCCCUCUUUCGUCCUUUCCGGGAGCCAAGAUGUCUAAGCGAGGACGAGGUGGGUCUUCUGGAGCCAAGUUCAGAAUUUCAUUGGGUCUCCCAGUGGGAGCUGUUAUCAAUUGUGCUGAUAAUACAGGUGCCAAGAACCUGUACAUCAUCUCUGUGAAGGGAAUUAAGGGAAGAUUGAAUAGGCUUCCUGCAGCUGGUGUGGGUGACAUGGUAAUGGCCACAGUCAAAAAGGGGAAACCAGAGCUCCGGAAGAAGGUUCAUCCAGCAGUGGUAAUAAGGCAACGGAAGUCAUAUCGGAGAAAAGAUGGUGUGUUCCUAUACUUUGAAGACAAUGCAGGGGUUAUAGUAAACAAUAAAGGCGAGAUGAAAGGUUCAGCCAUCACAGGACCUGUUGCUAAGGAGUGUGCUGACUUGUGGCCUAGGAUUGCAUCUAAUGCUGGAAGCAUUGCUUGAUUCUCUCCUAAAGCCCACUUGUAAAAUCACCUCAUGAAAAUGCCAACUGAUUUGC